AUGGUGACAAUAAGAUCUCACAGUUUAAUAAUUCUGAUUGUCUUUCUAUUUGAGUGGACCUGUUCUCGGGACCUGCUCACAGAUUCCCAGAAUGUUACUGGUCAUAGAUCCAAGCGUUACCUUUCGUAUCGUUCAAGACUCCGUCAGAUCUACUCGCUGUGUAACUAUCCUGAUUUGAAAUGUUCACCGUUCGACAGAUAUCGAUCCCCAGAUGGAAUUUGUAACAAUCCGUCAGCACCAUAUUGGGGAGCAACUGAUACCAGUUUAAGACGAAUUGUGCGAAAUUAUUAUGAUGACGGUAUAUCUGAACCAAGAAGUAAGGGUAUUGAUAAUAAUGAAUUACCUAAUGUCAGAUACAUAUCUAAUACCAUUUCUGUUGAUUUUACUGGUGAUGUUAAAAAUCCUUUCACCAACUUACAUCAAACUUUUGGACAGUUUUUAGAUCAUGAUAUUGGCCAUACACCCAAUAUUUUAGAUAAGGAUAAGAAGAAGAUUAAGUGUUGUACACCAGAGCUCACUAAAAAUGGUGGUCAACAUUCUGACAUAAAAACUGGAGGUCCAUGUUUUCCAAUUGAGAUACCGACCAAGGAUCCAUUCUUCCAACCUCGUAGAUGUAUGAACUUUGUGCGAUCUAUUGAAGUGACUGAUAAACAGAAAAAAUGUCGAUCAGCUGCACGUGAACAGAUGAACAAAUUAACAUCGUUUAUUGAUGCUUCUAAUAUUUAUGGUUUGACUGUAGAUGAUGGAAAAAAACUGAGAACCUUUAAAGGAGGGUUAAUGAAAGUAAGUGCCUAUGAUUUACUACCAGAAAAUAUAAACGGCGAAUGUGAGAAGAGGAAUUCAUCUGAUUAUUGUUUCUUAGCAGGUGAUAUGAGAGUAAAUGAACAUCCAGGGUUAUCGGCCUUCCAUGCUAUAUUCGUUAGAUAUCACAAUAAAAUAGCUGCGAAUUUAAAACAACUCAAUGGAAGAAACCGAUUAUGGGAUGAUGAAAGAAUAUAUCAAGAAACGAAGAAAAUUGUGAAUGGAGUCCUACAGAAUAUAGUUUACAAUGAAUAUCUACCUAAAUUAGUUGGAGAUGUUGCUACUAUAAAAUAUAAAUUGAAAUCCAGUUUGACUGGUCAACACCGAUUCUUGUCUUCUAUUGAUCCUAGAAUAAUGAAUGCUUUCUCAACAGCAGCUUUUAGAUAUGGACAUUCUUCUAUACCAAAUGAGUGGAGUUACGGUGAUAAAAAGGUUCCCUUGGUAGCCAUGUUUAACAGCCCAUUUUUCAUUCAAGAUUUUAAAGGUAAAGGAUUGGAUAUGAUCGUAGAGGGUAUGGUAAAAGACUCAUCACAACCUGCUGACAAAAGUUUUAGUAAUGGUGUUCGUAAUACAUUAUUUAAAACAUUUAAAGUACCUGGACUAGAUCUAGUAGCCCUGAAUUUACAACGUGGUCGAGAUCAUGGUCUGGCACCUUACAAUAUCUAUAGAGAAUACUGUGGAUUGAAACCUAUUGAGAAAUUUGAUGGUAGUACAGACCAGAUCCGGACAUUAGCUCAAGCUUACAAACAUCCAAAUGAUGUAGAUCUAUUUAUUGGUGGAAUGACAGAACCAACUGUACACAAUGGAAAGGUUGGUCCAACAUUCGCCUGUCUGAUAGCAUCACAGUUCCACAACCUGAAAUAUGGUGAUAGAUUUUGGUUUGAGAAUGUACAACAAGCUUCGCCAUUUCUACCAGUAAAUCCUGCUGCCUUCUCAAUAGGUCAAAUUCAAGCUAUAAGACAAGUAAGCAUAGCUAGAAUAUUGUGUGAUACGACAGAUAUAAAAUAUGUACCAAGAUAUGCUUUCUUCCAUCCUAGUGCAAGAUUGGGAAACAGAAGAGUAUCAUGUAAAGAUUAUUACAGUUUACCAGGUCUGACUAUUACUCCAUGGAGGACAUCAUUAUAUGGAUAA